AUGGCUUCUCACCACAACAACAACAUCACCUUCGGUCUUGAAUAUGAGCUGAAGCUUCGUAUUACGACCAGUCAACUUCAAGAAGAGCUUCAAAGCGAUCCCGCCACCAAGAACGUCCAAAUCGUCACAGACCCAGGCCAGGUCAGACUAACGAAAGUCGGACCACAAUAUCUCCAAAACAACUAUUUCAACUUCGCUAUUCGCGACGAUAAUCACCAACCUCAGAGAACAACUCUGGUCAACAAAGUCACUCGAGAGCAAUGCGACUUCCGGGGUUACUCUACAGAGGUCUUGAGAGUCGUUCAAAAACGUCUCCAAGCCAUCUCUGGCUACGAAUCAACAGCUAUAUAUCAAGGUCAAGGAAAGCAGGCCGACUUCUCAUCUGCUCCUCUUUAUUUGACCCAUGAUGCCAGUCUCAACGGCCUCAAUAACGCUGCCAAGAUUGCCACAGCUUUGUGCGCUCCAGAUCAGGCAGAUACCACAGACUUUGUUGGAACAGAGAUCGUGACUGCCCCUCGCGACUCACCCCAAGAAGCCUGUGAUGAAGCCAACAAGAUCUCGGCAGCUCUUCGUAGCGACAGCCUGGACUAUCACAUUGAUGAUGAAUGUGCCAUGCACAUCCACGUCGGCAAACAAGACGGCACUCGCUUCGACAUCAAGACACUACAACACCUCGCUUAUCUCGUACUGAUCUACGAACAUGAAUUUGCUCGCAUGACUGUACCCCGCAAGCGCGGAGGUGAUUUCGAGACCAGAUCAAACCGUCUCGAUUUCGCCACCGAGUGCCCGUCGCCAGAAGUCCAUCACGCAUAUUUGUGCGACCAGGAGGGCAACGUUUCCGAAGGAUCUGUGGAAGCGGUCUGGAAUUACCAGUCGCUUGCAGAGAUUCGCAAGGCCCUCUUGCAANAGGUGGAUUUGGCAGAGGAUCCACACGAGGCUUUUGUCAAGCUCAUGGGCGACAAAGGCCACAUUGUCAACUUUUCGUACAGCGCUCGAGACGUCCGCAACAAUGAACCAGCAGCCACAGUCGAAUUCAGACAACAUCACGGCACUCUCGACGGCGAAGACGUCCUUCAUUGGUCUCGUCACUGUACAGCCCUCGUCGCCUUGGCUCAGAAAUAUGCCGACAACAAUGCCCAAUACCCAAUCACCUCCUGGGAAGACAACAUUGACAUUGAACAACUAUGGAGGGAGAUGAAGCUGCCCGAAUCAACCAAGCAGUUUUAUCGCAAUCGUAUGCUGGAGUUUGAUGAGCGUUGGCCCGACGUCCAUCAGACUCCUCUUUGCGAACCCGAUAUGGUCUUUGAUGACGAUUUCUCUUUUUCCGACGAAGAGUCUGAAGGCUCUGCACCCAGCAUGGCAGAAGACGAUGUGGAGGAGGAGGAGUGUUAG